UGCUCACAUGAGUUUUUGUGUAUAUGUCGAACUGCUGCUGUGACUGGUUGCUAUGCUGUACACAUAUUCAGAGUAAACGAAAUAUAGAUAACAUUAUCCGAUUAUGCAUUUAGUAACUGUUUAUGUCUAUAGAAAUAUUGCAUAAAGAAAAUGAAAGUAGUCGCGUUGAUAAGUGGGGGCAAAGACAGCUGUUAUAACAUGAUGCAAUGUGUUGCUGCUGGGCACCAGAUAGUAGCGCUGGCCAACCUGCGUCCUGCUAACAAGGAUGAGUUGGACAGCUACAUGUAUCAGACGGUGGGGCACCAGGCCAUAGACCUGUAUGCUGAGGCUAUGGAUCUGCCCCUGUACCGACGCACCAUCCAGGGCUCCAGCCUCGACACUGGGAGAAACUACAGCCAGACAGAGGGAGACGAAGUGGAAGACCUCUACCACCUACUGAACAUGGUUCAGGAAAAGGAGGAUGUCGAGGCAGUGUCUGUAGGGGCCAUUCUUUCAGACUACCAAAGAGUACGAGUGGAAAAUGUGUGUGUGCGACUGGGUCUGCAGCCCCUGGCCUACCUGUGGCGCCGUGACCAGGCAACCCUGCUCUCCGAGAUGAUAUCAUGUGACCUCCACGCCCUCCUCAUCAAAGUGGCCGCCUUCGGGCUGGAUCCUGAGAAACACUUGGGGAAACCUCUGGCUGACAUGGAGCCCUAUCUAACUCAGCUUUCGGAGAAGUAUGGUGUCCAUGUCUGUGGAGAAGGGGGCGAGUACGAGACAUUUACUCUCGAUUGUCCUCUGUUCAAGAAGAGACUUGUUAUAGAUGCUAUGGAGACAGUGAUCCACUCUGCAGAUGCCUUUGCUCCGGUUGGCUACCUGCACUUCAGCAUGAUGCACACAGAGGACAAGGUGAAUGGCCCGGUGGCGAGUGCUUUGCCCCUCGGUAGUUGUCCUUGCCAGAGUGUCAUUGAAAAGAUGACUGAGGAGGCUGAUCAAGCUGAAGACAUCCAGGAAGAAUUUACAUCAAAUGGCGACCUUAGUUGUCAUCGGGGCCGUGACUUCCCGUCCUGCUCACCUAAAAGCUCCAGGGGCUACCAGUGGAUCUCAGGCAUCACCGGGCUUCACAGCCCAGACCCAGGGAUCCAGAGUCAGACCAAUACAGCAUUCUCUCUGCUUCAAGCUGAGCUGGAGAAGAGAGGCUGGCAGCUGAAGCAUAUUGUUCUGGUUCACCUGUAUGUGAGGAACAUGGAGGACUUCAUUUCACUCAACAAAGUCUACACCAUCCACUUUGGCGUAAACCCCCCUGCCAGGGUGUGUGUCCAGGCACUUCUACCUGCCGGUCAGCUCCUCCAGAUGGACUGUCUGCUCCACGACUGGCCCCCGGAGCCACAGGAGGCCCAGCAGGAGGCUACCUUUCACCACAGAGAGGCUCUUCAUGUCCAGAGCCUGUCCCACUGGGCUCCCGCCAACAUCGGGCCCUACAGCCAGGCCCUCAGGGUGGAUGAGGCAGUGUUCUGUGCAGGCCAGAUCGCCCUGGUGCCUUGUACCAUGCAGCUGGUGAGGGCUGGAGCAAGGACCCAGGCCUGCCUGUCCUUCAGCCACAUAGAGAAGGUUCUGGAAGCAGUGAUCAGCAGCCUUACCCUGGGCCAUGUGCUGCAGGCCCACUGCUACGCCACCCGCAGCCAAGACAUCCCUGUCAUCAGAGCAGUCUGGGACAGCAAGCUGAGGGCCGCACAAGAGAAGGAGGAAUCAUUUGGGGAGCAAGAGAUUCAGAGUGGACCCUUGGUGGUUACCGUGGUCCCUGCCUUACCCAGGGGAGCGGCUGUGGAACUGCACGUCAUUGCUGCCCACGACGACCCCAGACACAGGACUUCCUGUCACAUGACUACUGAGGUGGCGUGUGGAACCAUAGAAUGUCAUGCCAUGCUGUCCAGCGAUAGCCAGUGUGCCACUGUAUCCUUGGCACUGAUGGUGCCCAGCUCUGCGCCAGCUGUCUCAGGGGUGGAAGGGGAGAUACUGGUUGCACUGGUUGCUACCCUUCAGAGUGCCAUGCAGAAGAUUGGUGGUGGGAUCUCUCCACUGUGUGCCAGGGUGUUCUACAAGUGUAACAAUGCUCUGGCUGGACAGCUUGUAACAGGACUUGAGGAAUGUUUGAGGACCACUCUAGGCCAGGCCAGCCCAUCUGUGGCCUUUGCUCCAGUCCUAGACUUGCCUGACUCUGCUGUCCUCCACCUGUCCUGCUGGCUCAGUCUGUAGAGAGUGAGACCUAUCUGAAUGUGCUGAUGUAGUAUGUUUCUGUACAUAUAUGUAUAAUUGCGUACAUAUGAGUAUAGAGGCUUACUUAAGACACUAGGCUAGUAAUCCACUGUAUCCUUCAAACAAGGCUUCCAACAGCUGUCACUCUGAAACAGAGAGCAUUUAUGAGACAGAUCUAAUGUACAGUACAGGACAGUACAGCCCACAUGCCACAGCACCAGAGAGCUGCAGUCAGUGUAUCCCAGACCACGAGCUAAUAGCUACUAUAUAUCCCUGCAUCUUCCACUGUUAUCAAUAGAUUCACACUUAGCAAGCUAACACCCCUAAUAAAAUCCUAGGUUGUAGAAAAGCUAUACAUUGAUUUGUUUUUAGGGUGUUAUGCAUUGUUUGUGUCUGCCUGGUGUUUGGCACGGCCAGAGACUGGUUAUUACAAUAAGCAAUCAGAACCAAGCACCUGAAAAGAUUAAGCCUCUUUAUGUUGCCCAUUGAUUCUAACACAGUGUGGUUUAUAGGAGAGGGUCGUUCCCCUAGCCUACACACAGCUGCAGGGCUGGCGUCCACACAAAGAGAGCGGAGGAGUGUGUGUUUGUGCACUAUAUAUAGUGUGUGUGUUUGUGCGUGCGUGCGGGGUGUGAAGAAAACAACACCAUUAACUAUUGCUCCUGGAACAUUUAUUUUCUCAAACAUUAUGAACCGUAUUGACGAGCUCAAUUGGAAUGCAUCUUUACUCAGGCUCUAUCCUCUCCAUUGUGCUGGUGAUGGAGGGAACAGAGUGGGCUAUUGAUCUCAACCAUCUAUCUGUUGUUUUCAUUGCUCUUAUCAAAAAUUGAACAAUAGAGGCAACCAACAGCGCCUGAAGAUUUUAAUGAAGGUUAAAAAAAAACAGACAAGCAAUUAUCUAUGAGGCUGAGCAAAAUAACGCACCACUAUAAUACAUGUUAAGAUUCACCAUGUAGGUUUAGUCUACCUAAAGGAAAUGCAAGGGCACAUAUGGAAUAUACCUUGAGAGGGAAAAUCAUGUAUAAAACAGCAGCACCGCUCAAUUUAACAAUGUGUAUAAGUUCCUUAUUAAAAUGCUGAACACAUGUUGGAAGUUUA